CUCGGCCAUAAAAUGACCACAAGAAGAGAGGAAAACAGAAAGAAGGAGGAAAAAGAAGCACCUCAACCACGAUGACGCAGCUGGAUCCCACGUUCCGCAGCUACGACUGCGCCCAGGCGGCGCGGUAUGCAAAAGCUCGCCUCUCGUAUCCCGCUGAACUGUACCAGGUCGUGCUUGACCACCACCAGGCGACGGGCGGGCAGUUCGACACGGUGCUGGACGUCGGCUGUGGUCCUGGCAACGCGACGAGGGACCUGGCGCUGUCGUUCGAUAAGGCGAUAGGCGUCGACCCAGGCGAGCAGAUGAUAGAGGCUGCGAAGGAGCUGGGGGGCACCACGCAGACGGGCAGUCCGAUCCGGUUCCAUGUUGCGUCGGCGGAGGACCUGGCUAGAGAUACUACUAGUAUCUGGGAUAUACAAGGCGGAGUGGACUUGUUGACAGCUGCGAUGGCCGCCCACUGGUUCAACAUGCCGGAAUUCUGGAGGGCCGCGGAACGAGUCGUCAAACCGGGAGGGACGGUCGUGCUAUGGACGCAAGCGUCUCUUUAUUGUCACCCAUCUACUCCCAACGCGGACAAGGUGCAGGAAGCCCUGUCACACCUUGAAGACGUUGUACUCAAGCCAUAUGUGCUUCCUUCAAACCAGCUCUCGCACGAUCUCUACGAUAGCCUCCCUCUACCGUGGACCGUGGAGCCUGUCGUGUCCGCAUUCAAGGAGUCGGACUUUGUGCGCCGGGAAUGGGACCGGGACGGGAUACUUACGAACGGACAGGACUAUGCCUUUGGCAGCGACGAAACGUCCAUCAGCAGACUAGAGAGGGGGCUUGGAACAGCCAGCAUGGUCACCCGAUGGAGAGAGGCUCACCCCGAGCUGGCCAACACGGAUCAAGACUGCGUGGCUGUGACGAUGAGACAGGUGCGCGAAGCCCUGGGGAAUACAGAGGCAGAUGCGACCUUCCGAACUGGCCAAGCUACAGUCAUUCUUCUUUUCAAGAGGCAAUAGCUACUAGUGAUCUAGUAAGCAUGGUUUCACAUACCGGCAGGCAGUGUAGACAGCUUCACUAGAUCUUACCGAAUUCCUGCUUAACAAAACCUCUCCGUCGGUAUCAAAAUCCAAACUGCAGGAUAUGUCCGUUUGCAGUUUGUUACAGGUCUGGCCGUCGGGCACGCUUGCUUUUCCGCCUUGAUACUGUCUCGCAUAUACUUGACUCUCUAGAUAUCUAGCCCAGGAGAUGGAUUUUAAAUCCAGAUCAUUCAGAGAGUCUCAUAUCAUCUUUUCAGAGCACGG